UUUAAGAGAAGAAUGGACACUCGUAGAAGCAUACUAGAAAAGGAAUAACAUAGGCUGUAGGUCUUCUGUCUUUACUACACAAAUCUGGAUCUGAAUCUGAAUGGCCGCAACGUUUGAAUGCUGACGUUUAAAGGCUUCUUAGAAGUGCAGUUGGUGGGAGGUAUGGCAAAUCUUUAAAAUAGAUGAAUCGAAUGCAGACUAAAUGGGAACACUGCAUACAUAGAUAUAUGAUAAAUAAUACAGUUAUUAAAAAUUCGACAUUUUUCAAUACGUUGUAAGUAAUUAUUGUUUUUAUCAGUAGGGAUAAAAGUAUACUCUAGGGACAAGUUUAAAACAAGUCCGAAGAACCUCCAGCUGGUUUUUAUUCAGUCAGAAAGCAGAUUUUUUGACAAAUAGUUUAUAUAAAAUAAAGUAAAAAUAUUGCAAGUGUGACCGGUUCCACAUAGGUUAUAAAGUUAGUAAAGUAUUCAGGCUGAUCUGCCUGCUAAUCGAAAAGACAGCGACAUAAUAACUUUUCCUUAUGAAUGUAGAUUGUUCAUCUCGAACCGUUAUGUAAUUAUGUAGAUAGUUAGUGCUGGUUAAAAACAGGUGAUGGUCUGCGCAAAUCUGUAAAAACAGGCCUCUGUUACGUGACUUGUGACCAGCGAGUCCUCAUUUGCCAUUUAGAUAAACCCCUGUGCCUAUAUACCGGACUUGCACGUCCAAAUCCUCGACUGGCACUACAAUACCUCCUGAACGCUGUUUCCAGUGAAGAUCGCUUAACUGGUGAUGGAACUCAUUUUUAAUUCCAUGCUGGUUGCAAUAUGUUGGGGCACAGACGAAGAUAACGAAAGGAUAUUGUCUGCUACACCGAUUUUUCACUUGAAUGGAGCUUUCUAAUCUAACAGCACAUAAUUGACUGUCAAUGAGAAUCCAAUCGAUUAGUGUUGUCUCAACUCUGGUGAUUAGUGCGACACUAAGGCCAUCAAGACCGGACGAAAAUAUCCCAUGGCCCUUGGAUAAACUCAUGUGAAACAAGCUUUUCGCGUCGACAAAUGUGCAACACUUCACUAGAGUCGGAAUAAACAAUGGAUGUUUGUAUUAAGACUCUUUAAAUACAUGACCGAACCUACCUGCUGUCCGAUUUGCAUUAAUGUGUGAACAUUGAAGCAGUUUGAAAGGGACAUGUGGUUUUAGAAAGGUCAGUUCAGAACUCGUAUUCGUUCCAUUAUAGCUAAGCUGCUGCAUGAGUUGAGAACUAAAAGAACACUCAAAAAGGGAAUAAAGGGAAAUAAAUUAGUGAAGUGAUGUAAACUGAAAGUGAAUGUUAUCAGGUAAUUGUGAAUUAAAGCGAGAAAUGUUUUGUCGCUUGUAAUCGUCGUUAUGUUUGUGUGUAAACUAGGCUACUCUCCGGGUGCUCAAAUCGAGGCUAGUGGUUUUCCUACGGAGGAAAUUCUCGAGCAGUUAACUCAGAAUUCUAAUCCAAAAGACACUUAAGCAAUGUUAGAAUAUGCAAUCCUAUGGUAGCCUGUGACCAGGAAUAGGUUCCUGGAGCUCAUGUGUACUAUUGACUUGGAAUCAGGGUUUUUCAACUCCCCUAGGUUGAUCUUCCGUACCCACCUCGUCGGGGUAGUCGGUGGAUGGAUAUAUGUAGUACAUGUCCCAACCUUCUCAGAUGCAUGCCAGUUGCGAAGGAGAAUUUAUCAUAUAGAUGUGGAGAAAUGCAUCCCAAACAUACUAGCAUUGUUGCUUAAGGGGGCCAGAAGACUCUUCGUUUUGUCUUCACCAAACAGGGCCAUGUCAGCUGCAUAUUUUAAGUCAAUAAGUGGAUCCCCUAGCACAUGAACCCCCAAAGUCAGACGAUAAGAGCGUUAGCUCUAAGAUGAUGUCUCUGAGGAAGUUAAAUAGAAAUGAGAUAAGCGGAUAACCAUUACGACGAACACCAUUCAAAGUUAUCGAUUCCGUAGGCGUACGGGAAUCCUAAAUGCAUCAGUACGGUUUGUUUGUAAGUUUCUGUCGUUAUGUAUUUACUUUUUACGAUUUCGCACACCGUUUCUAUGAUUAUUUUUUUAUUUGUAUACACGGUCCUCUAAGUAAUUACCAACUGAUUCGGUUGUGAUUCUGCACUAGGGUGAUAUGUACUUCAAUCUUUCACCUCAUUUUUAGUCAUUUGUGCAGAAGUUUCAAUAAACACCACCAAAUAUAUUCGUUUCAAUCUAUAUUUCAAUUCACUGAGAAUAUGAAAUAUGUUUAGAGAAUACUUCGUGGUCUCAAAAUCAAAUAUCCCAGCAUGUAAACACUUGGUUACUAUUAAGAAUAUAAUAAAAUCCAGGUAUACUACAAUGAUACCAAAAAACAUGGAUUGCAAGCACACCUUAAGGACUUGUUCAAACAGCCAGUUAGUAAUAGACUAAUUAGGACUUGCCACCAUUGUGUAUCGGUUUGAUUUGCUACAAAGUGGAAUAAAUUUUAUGCAAGUUCAGACUUUUACAUUAUUAAUUGUAUGGGACUGAACUGAUAAACCUUAAUUGAUAUGGGAAUUUUUUGUACAUACAUGUUGUUGCAUCAUAUCUAGAAUUCGAUGGUAGCUUGUAAAGAACUUGUAGACGUACGUCCGAUCCCCUCUGGUAAUAGUCAACUGAAAUCAAGUCAUUUUAGAAAAAUAGAACUAAUUCAUUCAAAAUGACUAUGAAUUUAUGGGAUAAUUGUGGCUUUAUUGACAUUUUUUACCAUGUUAUAUGAAUAUGUGGAUAUACAAUAUAAGGAGAACUAUACCUGAAUACAAAAACCGUUUUUUGACUGACACAUCAGACGUUCUCAUUCAUUCGAAAACUUAUGCCUAACACUUGCUCAGCCUGCCCGAAGAAAUUUACUCUUCCAGAAAUUGGUUCUGGCAUUUGUCAGUCGUGUAAUGAAUUUUAUUGUUCAGCCUGUUCUUCAACUGGUCCAGAUCGUACAAUUUUAUGCAACCGGUGCAGAGUUUUACAGUCAAAUCAAGCCAACUGGGAUUCAGUAAUGGGUCUUAAUAUCCGUGAUUUAAAAUGGUUUAUGCGACGUCGUAAUAUACCGUUCGUUGGUCUGAUUGAGAAAGAGCAAUUUGUGGAUGCAGUGCUGAGCAGCCUAGGCAUUACCACCCGAAGUACAAAUGCUGAUGACCAUUUGUUUCCAGACUCAACAAAACGUAACGUUAAACUUGAAGACUUGAUGUCAGAAGAAUCCAUUGAAAAUCUUUCUGUUCGUCAGAUCAAAGAUCUUUUAGUCUACAAUUUUGUUGACUUCACUCAUUGUGUGGAAAAAGCUGAACUUAUUGCCAGAGCGAAACAGUUAUGGCGCAAUUACAAACAGCAACAACCACUCAUAUUUGAAGCUCAAGAAGCAGUAGAGUUUGAAGAUUGUCAGAAUGCUGGAACAUCGAGUGAAAAAUGUCCAGUUGAUUUGAAUGAUGAAUGCGGGGUUUGUAUGGAAGCUCCAGUUAAUUGUGUCUUUUUAGAAUGCGGUCAUUUAUUUUCUUGUGUUGAUUGCGGAAGAAAGCUAACUGAAUGCCCACUAUGUAGACAAAGCAUUGUCCGCGUUGUACGUACAUUCCGUGUCUAA